AUGGUGGCACAGGAGUGUAUUCAUUCUAAAGUUGAGUGGGAGUGUUGGGGGGUCAUUAAACAGGAUAUGGAAAAGGCUUAUGACAGGGUAGAGUGGACUGUUUUGCUCGAAAUCAUGAAGAAUAUGGGGUUUAGGGAGUUGUGGAGAAAGUGGAUCUCUGGAUGUUUAUCCUCUGCUCACUUUACUAUUCUAUACAAAGAAUGUUUCAAUUUGCUUGUGAGAAAUGUUGAAAGGAGUAGUCAUUUUAAGGGUUUUCAAAUGGAAAAUGGAGGCCCCUACAUUUCCCAUCUGCAAUAUGCAGAUGAUACCUUGUUGUUCUGUGAGGCUGAGGUUGGCCAGGAAAUGGAAGAGAUGUUGGGGUGUAAAGUGGAGAACUUCCCCAUCACUUGUUUGGGGAUGCCUAUUUCGAACAGUCGACUCUCGAUUGCUAUCCCCUCGUCGGUUGCCAGGAAAAUCGAAACAUUAAUGAGAAACUUCUUGUGGGGUUCUUCUACAGAUUCUAUGAAAUUUCAUCGGUUACGAUGGGAUAGGGUGUGCACACCCAAGAGUGAAGGAGGUCUAGGAAUAAGGAGAGUCAAACUUUUCAAUCAGGCUUUGCUAUGUAAGUGGUGGUGGAGGAGCUUACAUUUCAAAGACCAUUUGUGGUACAAAGUGAUCGCUGCAAAGUAUGAAGUGAAUAAGUUUGAAAUGUGGGUUGGAUUGAGGAAUGUUUACAUUUCUCACAAUGUUGCUAAUCAGGUAGUGUGGGAUAUUGACAAAGAUGGAGACUAUUCGGUUAAGUCGAUGCCUAAAGAAAGAUGGGUUGCGCCUUUGAUGGAGGUUUUUAAGCUCAACUUUGAUGGCAAUUCAUUAGGGAAUCCUGGGCUGGUGGGAUUUGAAGGUGUGGUUAGAGAUUGGAAUGGUAGUAUUUCUUUACUUAUGUUGGUCCUCUUAGUGAAGAACUGCUAA